UAAUAUGUGUAGAUCACCUAGGAUAACCCAUAAAGUCAGACAAAGUGAAUAAAGUUAAAUAAAGUGUGACCAGUUGUGGCCCUUAAGUCUUCACCUCCAACAACAACAAAUAUGGCGGCGCAGGUGGGUCUCAGGGGCCUCGGCAGACAUUGUAAAGUUGGAAGCUGCUUUGGUUCUUUACGGUUAAAUGGCCUGUAUCUCGUUCCUUCACGAAUAAUUCCACCAACAGCAACACAAGUUAGCUCUCAAGCCCUUGUUCCAUAUCAGGCAAAACCCUUCAGCGUAUCACCUGUUACUAAAGGUCCUCCUGAGAUCGAACAAGCUGGUCAUGACCAUGUUUUGCAUUGGACUGCAGAGCGAAUCCUUUCAGUGGUGCUAUUGGGUGCCAUCCCAGCAGCAGUGAUCUUCCCAACACCAUCUGUAGAGUACUUUCUGGCUCUUUCUAUAACUGUUCAUUCACACUGGGGCAUUGAGGCAAUUGUUAUAGACUACAUUCGACCUGGUACAUUUGGUAAAGUUAUUCCUAAAUUGGCAGUAGGUGCUGUGUCUGCUCUGUCUUUCCUUACCUUGGGUGGCCUUUGCUACUUCAUUUACACAGAUGUAGGCAUUGUCAAUGCUGUUAAGCUGCUGUGGAAAUUGUAGGAAUAAAAGAUGCAUUAAAGUACUGUACUGUAUGUAUUUAUGAAUUAAUGGGACUUUUAUACCUGUUAAUGCUAGCAGCAACAUAAAACAAUGCAGUAUUUUUUAUUCCAAAUUUUUUCUCAUUUUCAAGUCUGUUAAAUCUUAAAUUUCUGCCUACCAUUUAAAUUUGUUUUACAUAUUUUUUUUUUUAUAUUGCUGAUCACCACAUGACUUUAGAGCAGGCAUGAUUGAACUUACAGCUUGGUAAUAUUUUAAGCCGGCCUGUGGGGUGUUAUUUUAUGUAGCUGUUAUGUAGAAAUAUUUAGUUGUACCAUUUGUUUUGUUCCAAAACUUGUAGCGCUUCCUGGGAAAUGUAAUUUAUACAGUUUUAGCAUUUCUGCAUAAUAGUUACAUGAAAUGCUGAAUCAAAUAUUGCUCUGUGGGACAGAUUGAAACAUGACUGGAUUGGGGUUUGCCCAUGGCUGCUCUAGAGAUACAGUAGAUGUGCACAAGUAUAAUAAAUCUGUUACCUUCCUAGUUUUACCAACACCAUGUGCCCCAGUUGACAUCACUGGUAAUUUAAAGUUAAAGAUAAGCUUUACAAUAUGGUAUAAACCUUGGUAAUAAAUACCAACAAGUUGGUUUAGAAAAACAUGUAAGCAAACACUAGGACAUAUCAGAAAAAGUUUCGGUCCUUGGACCUUGAUCCCAGGACUGAAGAGAUCGAGGUCCCAGGACCGAAACGUUUUCUAAUAAAUGUGUCUUAGUGUUUGUGUACAUGUUUUUCUAAACCAAGCUUUACAGUACGUACUUAUUUUUCUGAAGUGGGAAGAUUGUAGAUUGAUUGUAUUUUAUUGAAAUUGUUUAUUUUAGCAUCAUAUAGACCAGACCAGCAAAAAUGUUUUAAGUUUAUUAUAUUAUGGAUCAUGAUUUCUAUUUUAUAAUUAAAAAUGUAUAAAUUUAUUCAUAAUGUACGGUAGUUCUGAAGGUAGUUUUUUUGUGAAUGAUAAUAAUAUGUAAAAAUUUUGUGUACAUUAUACAAAUUAUUAAUGAGCUUGUAUAUAUUAAUAAAGUAUAUACUUUAC